UAUCAUUUUUUAUUCGCCCCCCCCCCCCCCCCUCCCUUUCGCCGUCGUCUCUCCUUAUUAAUAUCGCCGCGGCAUCGCAUCCUCAGUUCCAUCGUCCCAUUGCUCGCCAAGGGUUCUUCUUGUCAGGCAAGGCAAAAGCAGGAGCGAAAAGGUUUCGUUGGUGAUGGCGAGCUCAGGAAUUUCGUGGACGCUGCCGGACCACCCGAAGCUCCCCAAGGGGAAGCCUGUAGCCGUCGUCGUGCUGGAUGGAUGGGGCGAGGCCGACGCCGACCAGUACAAUUGCAUCCAUGUCGCUCAGACGCCCGUCAUGGAUUCGCUCAAGAAUGGUGCUCCAGAGAAGUGGAGGCUAGUGAAGGCUCAUGGAACCGCUGUGGGUCUCCCAUCUGAUGAUGACAUGGGCAACAGUGAAGUUGGCCACAAUGCUCUUGGAGCUGGUCGCAUUUUCGCCCAAGGCGCUAAGCUUGUAGACAAAGCUCUUGCCUCUGGAAAAAUUUAUGAAGGAGAUGGUUUCAACUACAUCAAAGAAUCUUUUGAAAAUGGUACCCUUCACCUUAUUGGGCUGUUGAGUGAUGGUGGUGUCCACUCCCGUCUUGACCAACUGCAGUUACUUCUAAAAGGUGCCAGUGAGAGGGGAGCAAAAAGAAUUCGUGUUCACAUUCUUACCGAUGGGCGUGAUGUUUUGGAUGGCAGCAGUGUUGGUUUUGUAGAGACCCUAGAGAAUGAUCUUUCACAGCUUCGAGGGAAGGGUAUCGAUGCCCAGAUUGCAUCUGGUGGUGGACGGAUGUAUGUUACCAUGGACCGCUAUGAGAAUGACUGGACUGUGGUUAAACGUGGGUGGGAUGCCCAGGUGCUUGGAGAAGCACCCUACAAAUUCAAAAGUGCACUUGAAGCAGUGAAAACACUGAGGGCAGAGCCUAAAGCUAAUGAUCAGUAUUUGCCCCCAUUUGUGAUAGUUGAUGACAGCGGCAAAGCUGUUGGGCCUGUAUUGGAUGGUGAUGCAGUUGUCACUAUCAACUUCCGUGCUGAUCGCAUGGUUAUGCUUGCAAAAGCACUUGAGUAUGCAGAUUUUGACAAAUUUGAUCGUGUCCGUGUCCCAAAAAUCCGGUAUGCUGGGAUGCUUCAGUAUGAUGGUGAGUUGAAGCUUCCAAACCGUUACCUUGUUUCUCCACCAGAGAUAGAGAGGACAUCUGGUGAAUACUUGGUGAAGAAUGGCAUCCGCACCUUUGCUUGCAGUGAGACAGUGAAGUUCGGUCAUGUCACAUUUUUCUGGAACGGUAACCGUUCAGGAUACUUUGAUGAAACUAAGGAAGAGUAUGUAGAAAUUCCUAGUGACAGCGGUAUUACAUUCAAUGUUGCACCCAAGAUGAAGGCGCUUGAAAUCGCAGAGAAAGCCAGGGAUGCUCUCCUUAGUGGAAAGUUUGACCAGGUACGUGUCAACCUGCCAAAUGGUGACAUGGUGGGUCACACUGGUGAUAUUGAGGCCACUGUUGUUGCUUGCAAGGCAGCUGAUGAAGCUGUUAAGAUGAUUUUGGAUGCUGUGGAGCAAGUUGGUGGUAUUUACCUUGUCACUGCUGAUCAUGGAAAUGCAGAGGACAUGGUGAAAAGGAACAAAGCUGGCAAGCCGCUGCUCGACAAGAGUGGUGGUAUCCAAAUUCUCACCUCACACACCCUUCAGCCGGUCCCUGUCGCCAUUGGAGGUCCUGGUCUGCACCCUGGAGUGAAGUUCCGGACUGACAUCCAGACCCCUGGGCUUGCUAACGUUGCCGCCACUGUGAUGAACCUCCAUGGCUUUGAGGCCCCUGCUGACUACGAGACAACCCUCAUUGAAGUUGCUGACAACUAAAUAUUGGUCAAUCGUAAUGUCCAAUUUUGUUGCUAUAGUUUUGAGAAUGGAUCGGUGAUGGCCAUGUCAUUGAAUAAUUUAUGUUUGCAAGCACGCUGCUCAAACUCGAGAAACAUUGAGAGAAACGCAUUUUGACUUGCACCUAGUUGUUAUCUCCUAAGCUGGCUUUUUUGGCAGUUUGAUAACCAUUUUUAUUCUACUAUGUAUCAUAUAUGUGAGGCAGCAAACUGUGCCCCGCUGUCUGUGAGACGUGACUCGUUUUACUUAACUUUCCUUUCGGCCUCAUGCAA